GCAUGGACAGAAGUUGUUACUGUCGGCAAAGUGUUUGAUUGCAUUUGACUUUCCACUCGCCUGGCAGGGUCAUGCCGAAGCCCGUCUAUGCAACUGCAGAUGAGCUCGCCGAUGCAGUGAAGAAAUUGGAGGGCCAGUUGAAAGCCACUGAAGCCAAGCUCGGCGCUGCUCUGAAGCAAGCAGAGAACGGGCUGAAAGGAGAGCUGGGCAAGGUCAGUGAGACGGUCACCAACAACGCGACAGUGGCCCAAGAGGGCACACAGCGCUGUGGUGCAGACUCUAAAGGCUACACGGAUGACAGGCUGCAGCAAUUUCGCGCUGAGCUGACGGGCCUGGUGAAAAGCACCGAGGAGAGCCUGACACAGGCUGACACGAACCUCAGCCAAAAGAUGGACCAGGUCGACACUGACGUACGGAAAGCAUUGGCAGAUGAGCUUGCUGCCUUGUGUGAGCGCAUCGACAAGGAGUUUACCUCUACUCGCGCUGACAUGACCAAAUUUGCAGAGACAAAGUCACAAGAGGGCAAAGAGAAGCUCCAGGAUCAGCGAGAUGAGCUGGACCGAGCCAUGGCGACUGCAGCUCAGGAGGCGCAAGCAAACAUGGACAAGCUGCAGGCAGCUGUGGAGAAGACAUUGAAGGACACUGAUGAAGCUCAUCAAAAGGCUCAAGCAGAGCGUGAUGAGAAGACCCAGCGUUCGGAUAGCGAGAUUUGGCUGAAGUUGGACCGAUUGAGCGAGUUGCUACAGGAGCUGACUGACAGCACCACCAACGCAACGGACAAUUUGCGUGAGGAGGCCAACAGUAGUCUUUCCGACUUCAGGAACGAAGCGACUGGACGGCUGGAUGGCUUGGAUGAGGAGAACCUGAAGAUGAAAACAGCUCUCAUGGAAGUCGAGAACAUUGCCACCCGACGGGUGGAUUGGGUCAUUAAAGAUGCCUCCAGGCGCCUGCGUCCCAACAGCGCCUCCAAGGCGAGUCUCCACACCAGCUGGUUCUCUCCCAAGUUUGACAUGGCAGGUGUGCAUGGUUUGCAGCUGGAGCUGCAGCUUUUCAGGCCGUCAGAUUGGGGAGCAGAUGGGGAGUGCUCUGGCGAUAUCGCUCUUUUUCUGUGGGCCUGCAAAGGAAUGAACUUGGUCUUCAAGCUCUUCUGCGGAGGCAAGUCCCAAACCUGCGAGAAGGUCUUCAACGGGAAGGUGCCCUAUGGAACCACUCGCUUCUGCUGGUUGAAAGACCAGAUCAACAGAGAGGACGACACCCUCAGAAUAGGCUGCGAGAUCCUCGAAGCGGUCAGAGAGGUAGAAUUCAUUUGCAAGCCCAUGCAGCUACCAUCGGAAGAGGAGCUUGCCAGUGCCACGCAGGCUGAGAAGGAACAUGCCGAUAAGAUGGCAGCAAAGCAGCUCCCAGGGUCUUUGCUGUUCCGACGGCAUGUGAACAACCGUCUCUUCGACCAGGUCAAGGGCCAGGUGGACGCUAUGCGGUCUCGAAUGGUGCGGCGGGUAGAGUGGCGCCUGGAACAGGCUGGCAUGCUCCGGAAGUGCUUCCCACCCGGCGAGUCUAUGUGCAGUGCAUCCUUCAACGCUGCUGGCAUUGAGGGUAUGCAGCUCAUUUUCUAUCCGUGUGGCUACAACGGCGCUACUGACGGCUUUUGUUCGCUGUACCUUUAUGCUCCGGCAGGGGCUACAUUGCGGUGCAACCUGUUUGUUGGCGACCAGAAGCGGGAUGCCAACCACACCUUCGAGGUUGCUGGCGCAUUCGGCCGCACCAAUUUCUGCCGGUUUGAAGCUGGGAUGGACAUCAUUGCUGAUUCCAUCAACAUCGCACUGGAAGUGGACGAAGCACAUCAGGAUAUGAUCGCCACAGUCGCACAUCCCAAGGUUGUGCCUGGCGAUGUCCGCUCUGUGUCGCAGCUGGACGCCUCCGUGUCUGGCCCCAUCGAGAGCACGGUGAAGCUCCAGCAUUCUUCAGGCAGCUUGAAAAAGAGCCUCCUGGAGCGGCGAGUGCUGCCGUCCUUGUGGACCGCCAAGUCACUGGCGGACAAGACAAGGAAAGAGGACAACUUCCACUCCUUUGAUGAGCUCAGCAAGACGAGAGGGAACGCCACUCGCAGAGGAGAGUCAUCACCUCUCAGUCCGGGCUUGUCUGAGGAUCUUUCGCUUGGCGAGCUCCAAGCUCCGCUGCCGAAGCUGAAGUCCAGCUUUUCCGAGAAGACCAGCCUGACGGAGUACCGCUCCACCAACGCCAGCGAGUGGAGCGUGGGCUCGCGCUCCCGUGGUCGCCGCUCACUGGGGCCUAAGGGUGGCAGCCAGGUUGUUGUGUCACCGAUCUCGAGUCCAGACCUCUGAAGGUCUACCGCCUUUGCGGCAGAAUGCCAGCACACGCCCGCAGCCUAGCGCAGAGGGCAGGCAGCAGCCAGUGAGUAGUGUUCGCAGCGUGUCGGCACCUUCAGCGAUCCAGCAUGCGCUUGG